AUGUGGUCUGUGUGCCUGGACUCCACACAGUCUCUCCUCCUGUUGCUGCUAUUAGCCCGGCUGCUUGUCCUUUCGUGGUCACGCCCCACCCAAAAGUGCCCCCUCUGUGCCCAUCUGACAGUGAUGGUCCAGCAAAUGAGAAGCCUGCAGAUGCUGACAAGGAAUCUACAGAGUGAAAGUGAGUUCGGCGGUAUGGAGCUUACGGAGUACAAUCUAGACUCUCUUCCCGAGAUGGAGCACACGGCCAAUCACCUCAGUUCAUUAAAGCUAAACGACUCCCUCUCACAACUUUACACGGAUCUCAUCUCCUUUAAACUGCAUGUUGACUGGAUGAUUGACGCCCGAGUCAAUAUGAGCUUGCCAGUCUCUCCCAAGACACUAGAGGUCGCUAAAGGCCUGCAUAAUCUCUCAAACUUCUGUUCUACUGCACUACAGCAGACUGCAUGCCCACUGCCCCAGAUUUCCAUCCCCUCCUUCCCAACACAACUCAAGGCCUGGGAUGUGGCCCUCCUCUCCUACGAGAUUCCUGAGCGGUUACGAUUCUACUGUCAGUGGUCAACCAGAGUGUUGCUCCUCCUUAGGUCAAAGGUUCAGCGCCUUUGA